AUGGAGAGAACAAUAGCUACCGCCCCCUUUCUCAGUAGGUUUUGUUCUCUAAAUUAGUUAAUUUUUCACAAUUAAAUCCUUUACAAUUUAUUAAAUUCGCAUCACAAAAUCCCGAAUGACUUGGCGUAAAUAGUCUUCUUUUGAUCAGAGCGCAGAUGGAGUUCGUUGUGCCGACAAUCGAGCCGGGCAACAAGGUUCCAUGUGAAGCAAGGAUAUUAUUUACGUUUUUUUCAAUGCUGAUCCUUCAAUAUAUAUACAAAGAUUAUGCGGAUCGCUCCUAAAUAAGCUUGUUUAAUUGAGUAAUAUUUCCAUCUGCCUUUAUUUUCGUGCAACCAAAAAGAGACUUAGUCCAGCCAACUUAAAUUUGACCUUUUGAAGAAAGCAGUUUUAUUACACGGCAUCGGCAGUCUAUGUACAGCUUAUACUAAGUGCCGGUCUAGAUUGGAGUCUUAGAACACUUAGAGUAGAACUUGAUUGGAAGAAGGUUUAUAAGAAGGUUUACAUUAAACUCACGCUCCGAUAAAUCACUGAAUGGACCAAUUAUCAGCAGCUUUUUCAUCAAUAUUGGAGAUAUACAUCAGGAUGGAAAAACACGGCGCCCCCUGUUUGUGUCCUAGGCGGCUUUAGAUUGUAAUGUUAUUAGCGUCUAAGAGUAUCAUUUCGUUCAAUUAAACCAUGGUUCGUUUGUUGAAUUGCGGCACUUUGAGACGAGCUGCAGAAAACGAGAAAAAGUGACCUUUCAACCACAURCGUUUUACUGAAUGACUGGGCAAUUAACUGAACGAUAUCCCGCAACCACUUGCAAAGCAGGACACCAGUUAGUCAUUUCUCCUAAGAAUUUUCUAGCAUUCCUCACUAUCUUUCAAAGUGCUAAAAGAAAAGAAAAUCGUCUUUAAGAGGGCGUGAGAUAUACGCAAACAUUAAUUCCUUUUCGAAUUUCCGGGGCAGGAUUUCUUAACUAAACGUUACCAUAYCAAACCGCAGGCAUUACUAUAACUCAUAAAAAGAUUACCAAGGUCGCGUCCACAGGUCAGAAGGGGGCAUCCGGCGAAUUAUGGGUAACGGACAAGUUAGCGAACUCACUUGCUAAGGUCUCCGUUUCUCCCAAGUUGCCUGGAUAUUGCUAACACAAUUAGCGCAGUUUUAGAAGACGCCGCGAGCCAAUCACGUUCAGGCGUUGAUAAAAUUUAUAAAGAGAAAGUUAGUGACUUGCACUCUCAAAUAUUCAGUGAUCCGAUGAAGCGGGAGAUUCUGAAAGAGACUAUUUAAAGGAAAGUGUGCGUUGUUUUAUUGAAUUGACAGUUUUUGGUCAUACCUCGGGAUCUUUUCUUGCCUUUAUAUCUUGGUUAUCUUCUGGAACGAACAAGCAAUGAAGUCACUGACAUCAUUCGCCGUUCUCUUGUGGCUCAUGAUAGAUUUGAGUGGAAGUCUAGUGGUCCAUUCCGGACAGAGAAAUGCAUUUAACUCAAGAAUAUGGAGAUUGCGAUUGCAAGCCGCAGUGAGGUUGAUUCGCCAAUAUCCAUGUAUUAACUGGCGAUCAGGCAACAGUUGCACCAGUACCCGUCAAGUUCCCGUGCAAAAAAUGAAUAUAUACAUCGCUACGAAACACCAACAAAACGAACAAUUGACGGCCAGACUACCAGAUCGUAAACACCGCAGUCUGCUACCAAACAGUCGUAAUAUACACAGCGUUUUGGCUAUCGAUCCUUAUCCUGAGGCCAGCUUCGGACAUCUUGUAUACAUCUUCUUCGUGGAAGAGAAUGCAAACCACCUCAACUGCACGCAAAACAGCACAGCGAUUCUUACUGCAUCUGGGGACUGUAURAUAGCCGCUACUAAAACGCACUGCCAGAAUUCAGUUGACGAGAGGAAACGAAAAAARUGUUACAUCGACUUCCUGCCCCAUGUUUUCGUUGCUGGCGACCCAAGUCGGACCCAGAAACUAGUUUGUCAAGAUCGACUUUUUGGAUUUGGCAAGUGCAGGACUUUGACGGCUGCUCCGCCACUUCAGUGUGYCAAUUCUCAACGCUGCCCUUAUCCACCUAAAGCCCCACCAAAGACUUGCACCUCCAAGAGAUGCGACUAUGCCGUGUUAGUGUCCGGAGGAUGGAACCCCUUGACAGCUCAUUCUCGCCAUGCAACAAACGUACAACUUUUCUGGAAAUUCCUGCUUCAUAACAAAUUCAAAAAGGAACACAUCACAACGUUUUAUGGCAGCGACGGCAAAAUCGAGCUUGAUGGCAACCCSAAAACAACUCGAGAUGCCUCGGCAGCUAUGACUGAUUUUGGAGUGACCGACUACAUUGAUAAACUUUGCAAGGCACGUUGGUGCGUGGACACUUUGGUACUCUAUCUGACAGGACCAGCAAAGAGCAAUGGGGCUCUUUUGAUGUGGGACGUUAAUGGUGAUGGACUUACAGAAAACAAAGAAAUGUUUGCCGUCCACGAAAUUUUUAAACAUCUAAAGGGCUGUACUGCCAAGCGUGUUUAUAUUAUUGCUGAUUAUAGUUACUCUGGUCAUUUGGUCCAUAAACUCGACGAGCUUUCAAGGUCAAGUCAUAGGAGAUCUUAUGAGCACAUCACCGUUGUCGCUUCGUCGCAGGCAAACGAAUACUCGUGGCGUAAUGACUUCACUCAAACACUCAUCAAAUAUGGCAAACAAACCACAACACGCUGCAUWAAGCAACUUUUUCAGGACGUAAAGUCAGACUUUCAAAUUCGGCGACAUGUGUCAAUACCCUCAUUUGGCGAGGGCUCGUUACAUUCUGGAAAUUUAACAAUAUACGGAGGAAACUGCGGYCUUCCUUGGAGCCAAGCGUCACACGAUAUGGGCUGCAAAGUCAUUCCAAUUACAGACUUUAGAUACAGACCCAAACACAGAAACUCGUAAUCGACCUAUUUUACUCAUAAAGCUCAUUAUUGUAAAUAGAGAAGAAAAAUCCAAAUAUAACCAYUCUGUGUUUGAAACCAUGCUGUGAAAACCAUUCAGUUAACGACRUGAGGUAGACUGAUCGAAUCCCUAAAGAUGAACAGAUCUCAUGAAACUGAAAACAAGAUAGGUUURGAAAACAGCAUCAAAAGCAAAGCCUUUUUUAAAUCCAUUUUUUCCUUUUUUUUUUUCGUUCGCUUGGGCUGAAUGUUUGACCGAAGUGCAUGUUACGAUGAAGUCUUUGUUUUGUUUGUUUGUUUGUUUGUUCUUGUUUUUCUUAUUUUUUGAAGUUGAGAAGUAAGAUUAUAUUUUUUAUUCCCAUAAACUAAGAAAGAUAUUUAAAUUCAACAAUUGAAUCAAGAUGUAUAGAGUAGCAAGGCCUGAUCCAUACAAAGGMCGCAAAUAUAAUGUACAACCCAAAGGCCUUCUUCAAGAGUAUUGUUUAGUUCGUACAAAUGAAACUGCAAUCCACAUAGUAGUGCUAAUGAUAGGCUGGCUUGUAGUAUGAAUUAGCUUGUAGUUUCUUUCCCCUAGGGAAUAUAUAUAGUCGAGCGCUAGCUUUUUUGCAUUUAUUUUAAUUCAUUUAAAAACAUUUUAAUGUUUGUGGGUGCUUUGAUAUAUUUCGUUAAUUUUUUWAAAUUUUUGUUGGUGUUUUGAUGUGAUUUGAUUUUUUAUUACGUUGCCCUUUUUCAAUCAAAUUGCAUUAGAGGGUUAGUUUCUUUAGCUUGAUUCAAAAGAAACCUAUAUCGAAGAUUCGUAAUAAUUGUAGUAUAUAUUAGAGCGUGUUUCAGAUAAAUGGGUACGGUUCUGGCCGUACCAUGUUAUGCCAUAACCUUGACUACGAUAAAGCAAAUGAAAACAAUAGAGCAGGUGUAUGUUACGUCAUUGCUGCCAUCUUGGUUGACGAUAACAAAGCAUUUCUCAUUAGCUGCUCUUGUUAGAUCAACCAAGAUGGCGGCUUUUUCGAUGUUAUUCAUACCUCAAGGGAUUUUGAGUCACAUGGUUGCAAACACUCUAUUUAAAAUGUUUUGUAAAUCAACAUUUUAAGUUUCCCACUCAUACGAAAGGCACGCAGGUCAAAUGCAUUGAUUAGCGGGGAUUCAAAGCAUGCUCAACGCACUUGACCGCUGAAUAACAUAACAUUAUUCAACUAGUAAACAAAGAACUAUUAUGAAACAGCCUUUACAGUUCUUCAAUUGCUUAAUAAACCGCCUUGACGACGGGAUGGACAAUCACUUGUAACGCCUUCAACGUUUUUWAAUCUAGCAAUAUUUUUAUAACCUGUGUUUAAUACUAUCAAAUGUGACUAGCAACAAAUAGUAUUUCUUUAAUGUAGAUGAAAUAUUGCAUACUAAAAUAUGAAUUUGCUUGAUUGUAAGUAUAAUUAUGUAAUUUAAAAAUAUGUGAAAWAUUACGUGCGCAACUUGUGCAGAUUUUUGGCUAGUUUUGCGAGUGGUAUAUUGUCAAAUUACGCCUUAUUCAAAUCUUAAAAAAAGAUCGUGAGAGUGGCAAUACUGAACACGAGGUCAAUUUCCCCAGAAAACUAAGAACGGUGCGAUGGGUUUUGGAGGGAAAAAAAAAAAAAAAA